AUGCAGAACAGUCACAGCGGAGUGAAUCAGCUCGGUGGUGUCUUUGUCAACGGGCGGCCACUGCCGGACUCCACCCGGCAGAAGAUUGUAGAGCUAGCUCACAGCGGGGCCCGGCCGUGCGACAUUUCCCGAAUUCUGCAGGUGAUCCUCCCGGCGCCGCCCCACUCGCCGCCCCCGCGGCCCUCUGCUCUCGAGGCCCUCUCUUCAUUUCUUCCUACCCAUGCAGAUGCAAAAGUCCAAGUGCUGGACAAUCAAAACGUGUCCAACGGAUGUGUGAGUAAAAUUCUGGGCAGGUAUUACGAGACUGGCUCCAUCAGACCCAGGGCAAUCGGUGGUAGUAAACCGAGAGUAGCGACUCCAGAAGUUGUAAGCAAAAUAGCCCAGUAUAAGCGGGAGUGCCCGUCCAUCUUUGCUUGGGAAAUCCGAGACAGAUUACUGUCCGAGGGGGUCUGUACCAACGAUAACAUACCAAGUGUGUCAUCAAUAAACAGAGUUCUUCGCAACCUGGCUAGCGAAAAGCAACAGAUGGGCGCAGACGGCAUGUAUGAUAAACUAAGGAUGUUGAACGGGCAGACCGGAAGCUGGGGCACCCGCCCCGGGUGGUAUCCGGGGACUUCGGUGCCAGGGCAACCCACGCAAGAUGGCUGCCAGCAGCAGGAAGGAGGGGCAGAGAAUACCAACUCCAUCAGUUCCAACGGAGAAGAUUCAGAUGAGGCUCAAAUGCGACUUCAGCUGAAGCGGAAGCUGCAAAGAAAUAGAACAUCCUUUACCCAAGAGCAAAUUGAGGCCCUGGAGAAAGAGUUUGAGAGAACCCAUUAUCCAGAUGUGUUUGCCCGAGAAAGACUAGCAGCCAAAAUAGAUCUACCUGAAGCAAGAAUACAGGUAUGGUUUUCUAAUCGAAGAGCCAAAUGGAGAAGAGAAGAAAAACUGAGGAAUCAGAGAAGACAGGCCAGCAACACACCUAGUCAUAUUCCUAUCAGCAGUAGUUUCAGCACCAGUGUCUACCAACCAAUCCCACAACCCACCACACCUGUUUCCUCUUUCACAUCUGGCUCCAUGUUGGGCCGAACGGACACAGCCCUCACAAACACCUACAGCGCUCUGCCGCCCAUGCCCAGCUUCACCAUGGCGAACAACCUGCCUAUGCAACCCCCAGUCCCCAGCCAGACCUCCUCGUACUCCUGCAUGCUGCCCACCAGCCCUUCGGUGAACGGGCGGAGUUAUGAUACCUACACCCCCCCACAUAUGCAGACACACAUGAACAGUCAGCCAAUGGGCACCUCGGGCACCACUUCAACAGGACUCAUUUCCCCUGGUGUGUCAGUUCCAGUUCAAGUUCCUGGAAGUGAACCUGAUAUGUCUCAAUAUUGGCCAAGAUUACAGUAA